AUGGAUCGUUUGAUGAAGAAUACUGAAGAGAACAUUUUAAAGCAACAGGCCCUUGAUAAGAAGGCUGGGGUUGACAAGAACAGUAAAUCAGGGCGUUCAACUUACACAAAGCCGAAGAGUUCUGCUGGCAUAGUUAUUUAUCAUCAUCAUAUUGCAGUUGCCAAAGGGAAGAAGCGGAAGGUUGACUCGGCCGUGGAGAGCAAUCCAGCCACAGAAAAGCUCAUCAAGAUCCAAAUUCCGCCAACUUUGAAGAAACAAUUAGUUAGUGACUGGGAGCUGGUCACUCAGCAGAACAAGCUUGUGAAACUCCCCAGAUCUCCAAAUGUUGAUGAUAUAUUAACAAAAUAUCUUGAAUACAGGUCCAAGAAGGAUGGAAUGAUGACAGAUGCUGUCGGUGAAAUUUUGAAUGGGAUCCGCUCUUAUUUUGAUAAAGCAUUGCCGUCUAUUCUUUUGUACAAGAAAGAGAGGCAACAAUAUCAAGAUGCAAUUCAAGAAAAUAUUUCUCCAUCAACUGUAUAUGGAGCUGAGCAUUUGUUGCGCUUAUUUGUGAAACUUCCGGAAUUGUUGACAUAUGUGAAAAUCGAAGAGGAGACUUUGCUUCGGUUGCAGCAGAAAUUGCUCGACUUUCUCAAGUUCUUGCAGACCAACGAGAACAUUUUCAGUCUCUCUUCAUACGAUGUACUCAAAGCUACAGAAGGAGUUAGCAAGGGUAAAGGAUGA